GAAGGAGAGAGGGAGGCUCAAGAAGAGGGCGAGAAACAGAGAGAAAGAGGAACGAGAGAGAAGCAAGGAAAAGGGAGCAGCUCGUGGAACGCCGUGUCCUCGCGUGCUUGUGUCGCGUCUCGAGCGCAGCCAUUACGACAGAGUCGCUCGGUGACGCUCGUAACGCCGAGUAACGCGACGUGUAGCGACGCGAACGCGGAUACGAUAUAGUGUGCUACUCCAGUGGUGCGCGCGACAACGUAUACGUCGUCUCGUCGGCCGGUGCGGCCAGAAUACACGGGCUCUCGCAACGCACGUGUAUACACGCACACGAGAGAACCGGACGAACGAGAAAGAGAGAGAACGAACGAACGGACUGAGUGAGUUAACCGUGUCGCCGCCGAUCGGCGACCGUAGCGUAUCCCUGUUUGUUGUCGCCGUCGUCGUCGUCGUCGUUGCCGCCUCCGUCACCGAGGGGUUGGCGUGAGAACGCGCGCGGAAGCUGCCGAGCGCGCGACGACGGUGAUCGUAGGAGAGUACUCGGACGGUUUCGCGAUCGGCCACCGGUAAACGAACGAUCGAACGAACGAACGUACGCGUGGACAGUCGAGGGGAGUUUUGUUGUUUUGGUGAAGAAAGGAAGAAGCUAAAAACGCGCGACAGCCAUGUUUGACGUGUUCGGCUCCGUGAAGGGGCUGCUGAAGCUCGACUCGGUGUGCAUCGACAACAAUGUGUUCCGGCUGCACUACAAGGCCACCGUGAUCACGCUGGUGGCGUUCUCCUUGCUGGUGACCUCACGGCAGUACAUCGGCGACCCGAUCGACUGCAUCGUCGAUGAAAUACCGCUGCACGUGAUGGACACCUACUGCUGGAUCUACUCGACCUUCACGAUCCCGGAUCGAAGCGGCCUGGUCGGCAAGGACAUGGUGCAGCCGGGGGUGUCGGGGCACAUAGAAGGCAAAGACGAGGUGAAGUACCACAAGUACUAUCAGUGGGUCUGCUUCACGCUCUUCUUCCAAGCGAUCCUCUUCUACAUACCGCGUUACCUCUGGAAGAACUGGGAGGGCGGCCGCAUCAAGAUGCUGGUGCUCGACCUCAACUGCCCGGUGGUCAGCGAGGACUGCAAGAGCGACCGGCGGAAGCUGCUGGUCGACUACAUCACGUCGAACCUGCACAUGCAGAACUUCUACGCCUACCGUUUCUUCCUCUGCGAGGUGCUCAACUUCAUCAACGUGUUCGGCCAGAUCUACUUCAUGGAUUUCUUCUUAGACGGCGAGUUCACCACCUACGGCUCCGACGUGGUCCGGUUCACCGAGAUGGAGCCCGAGGAGCGCAUCGACCCGAUGUCCAAGGUGUUCCCGAAAGUCACCAAGUGCACAUUCCACAAAUACGGUCCGUCUGGCUCGGUGCAGAAGUUCGACGGGCUCUGCGUGCUGCCGCUCAACAUCGUCAACGAGAAGAUCUACGUCUUCCUCUGGUUCUGGUUCAUCAUUCUGGCGAUCCUGAGCGCCCUCAGCCUGGCGUAUCGCCUGGCGGUGAUCCUCAGCCCGAAGCUGCGCUACGUGCUGCUGCGCGCACGCUCGCGCCUCUCGCCGCAGGAGCAGGUCAAGAUCAUCUCGGACAAGUGCCAGAUCGGCGACUGGUUCGUCCUCUAUCAGCUCGGCAAGAACAUGGACCCGCUGGUCUACAAGCAGCUCAUCGCCGACCUCGCGAGCAAGGUGCAGGGCAAGGAGAACGUGUAGCUCGUGUCGAACGGAGCCAAAAGACAUCAGCGAGCACUCCCUGAGAAACUCGUGGAGGUUCUCUCGGAAGCUCCUCGUCUCUCCGUUGAGACGAGACUACCGAUCGAGUGAGAGGGAGAAUGAGAGAAUGAAAGACAACGGUAAGAGACUGACGAGCCGAGAAUAAGAAAAGAGACACGCCAUCGAUGAACCACCGGGUGGAUGGAUACCGGGGGAGGGGGGGGGCGAGGUAUCGGCGUCCUUAAUCAGACCGGGUUGCACCGACAGUCCACUGAUCUUAGAGCCGACUUGAAAUUAGUAAUUCACCGUCUUCUCUUUCUAUACUCUAGUAAUCUUACUGUACGACCACAGGCAAGGGAAGAAGAAUCGCGCAGAAUCCGGGCGGGGGGUCCUCGUGUAGUCGAGUAGUUUAAGGAUCCUUUUAAGACUCACGUCAAGGAGCACCGGGCGCGUCGUGAUCAAUCGAUUUCGCAUUCGUUCGUUCGGUGUAUUGAGCGAUCAACCGCUCGCUAGAACGAACAAGUCGGCGAGUUAGAGAGGGGGGAGGGGGGGAUUCAGUCGAGUUUAGCGACUCGACGACGGACGGAGGAGGCGGAUUAAGCGGGAAUCCUCGCCUGUCUCUUUAGAUUGUAGCUAGGUAAUUAUGUAGAUUUAAUUGUACGCAAGGCGACUCUUCAAAUUGAUCAUCAUAUCGACUCGAUGGACUCAGUCGCUGCAACCGGGUCUCUCGCAGGUUUAGCUAGGCCAGGAAUCUUACGUGUCUCUCUCGCCGUCCCUCUCACACGCUUCCAUUCCGGCGUCGGGUCUGCGGUCGAGACAAAGCGCGCCGUUCCGCUGCCCGUUCUCUCUGGUCUCUCCUCGUCUUUCGCAUCGAACUCUCCUCGUCUUCGGAUCCUUUCACCCACGGUGAGUUUCCCAUCGAUUUUGCGAUCGCCUGUUCCGCCAGUUUUCUGCAUUUGC